AUGGCGAAAUUAUCACAGCAGAAUACAAAAAACAGUACAGCAAAUAACAAGAAUAAUACGACUAAUAAUGGUGUUACCAAGGUGAAACGAACAAGGAGAAGUGUGCCAAGAGACUCUCCUCCUCAACGAAGCUCCAUUUAUCGUGGGGUUACUAGGCAUCGAUGGACUGGCCGAUAUGAAGCUCAUUUGUGGGAUAAGAAUUGCUGGAAUGAAUCACAAAACAAGAAAGGAAGACAAGUCUAUCUUGGUGCCUAUGAUGACGAACAAGCUGCAGCACAUGCUUAUGACUUAGCAGCACUCAAGUACUGGGGUCCUGAGACGAUUCUUAAUUUUCCGUUAUCGACAUACCAAAACGAACUGAAAGAAAUGGAGGGUCAGUCUAGAGAAGAGUACAUUGGAUCAUUGAGAAGGAAAAGCAGUGGUUUUUCUCGUGGAGUUUCAAAAUACCGAGGAGUUGCUAGGCAUCACCACAAUGGAAGGUGGGAAGCUCGGAUUGGUAGAGUAUUUGGCAAUAAAUACCUAUAUCUUGGGACAUAUGCUACCCAAGAAGAAGCUGCCACCGCAUAUGAUAUGGCGGCUAUAGAGUACCGGGGCCUAAACGCUGUUACCAACUUCGAUCUUAGCCGGUACAUCAAGUGGCUCAAACCCAAUCAAAAUAACGGUAACAACAAUAAUGAUCUAAAUCUUCCUAACCCUAUCAUAGGCACUGAUGACUCAGCUCAUCCUAACCCUACUCAAGAACUUGGACUUAUAACGAGCUUCCUUCAUGACAACCAACAGACCUACCAACCUAGUGAACCUAGUGAAACUACCUUAAUUCAACCACGGCCAGCAGCGAAUCCCACCUCAGCCCUAGGGCUCUUACUUCAAUCGUCUAAGUUCAAGGAAAUGAUGGAAAUGACAGCAGUGACGGAUUGCCCACCAACCCCAUCGUCAGGAUUCGACUUGACACCAUGUAGCUUCCCUGAAGACGUACAAACAUAUUUUGAGUGCCAAGAUUCAAGCAACCAUGGAGAAGGAGAUGAUAUGAUUUUUGGUGACCUCAACUCGUUUGUGCCACCCAUGUUUCAGUGCGAUUUUGAGACAUAG